AUUGCCUAUAAAUGUGGACACGCAGCUUUUUAGAUGCCGCUUGUGGUAAACAGGGUAAUAGUUUUGUUAUAUUUAUCAAACAGUGUGCAUAUAAUAUCACGCCUUUUGUAAAAUGUCUGCCCAAAUAAAGAUCGACUUCUACACUGUGGAUACGAGUCUUCCAUGUCGUGCAGUAUGGAUGGUCUUGGAAGAAUUGGGAAUACCCUACAACGAGCAUUACGUAGAUGUGACAAAAGGUGAACAGAAAACUGCCGAAUUUCAGAAAAUUAGCUUUAGGCAGAAAAUUCCCGCAAUCAAGGACGGUGAAUUUUGUCUAGCGGAAAGUCGGGCAGUUGCGACAUAUUUGGUAAGUGAAUAUGGUGGAAAACAAAAGAAACAACAUCUGUAUCCACAGGAUACUAAAUCCAGAGCGAAGCUUGAUCAGCAUCUCUAUAUUGGAGAGAAUAUUACAGACAGCAUCGUUGAAUAUGUGAAUCCGGGAGGUGUUUAUUUUCGUGGUGAGCAAACUCGUCACGAAAAACUACCUGAAAUGAAGAACUACUUGGGAUUGAUUGAACGAAUGCUGGCAGAUCAUACUUACACUGCAGCUGAUAAUCUAACUGUUGCUGAUUUCUUCUACUAUAUCGCCGUGACUCUUCUCAAUGUAACCGAUUUCAAUGAUUUCGGUGAUUUUCCAAAACUCAUAGAAUGGAAGAAGAAAAUGGAAGCACUGCCUUAUCACAAGAAAACUUGUGAUAAGCCUUCAGCUAAAUUCCGGGAAAUGUAUCAAGCCAAAUUGAAAGAAAAUACGCAAAAGAAAUUCUAAAACUUCCGUGAACUCUAUCUGUUAUUGUUUGAAGUAGCACGCAACUCAAUUAAUUGUAAUAUUCUGAUAUAUAAAGCUAGUAAAGUAUGGGUUGCCAAAUUUCAAGUUUUGUAUCUGUCAUCUUGUCUGGAAAAUAAAACUAGUCAUUGAACUGUUCUUGUAUCCAACUGUAUGAAAUCAAUUUCAAUUUUAUUUUCUAAUAAAAUUGUUGUUUUCGAUAGUC